AUGUCACAGUCCUUCUAUUAUACCGAACUUAGCAAGGCCCUUUCCGAACAAGCCUUCGGGUUGAGUCGGUUUGACGUUUACAGAGGCUCGUCGCCACACGAGGCCACUGCGUCUGUUAUUCUGCUAGAGGGCAGAACGAUACGCAUAACGCUAACGGCUCGUGGAUACCAGCUUGAUGGAGAUCAGAUCUUCGAAUCCAUCGAGGGGCUUUUGCAGGCCGUCAGUGCAGCAUACGAGGGAAGGAGGAGAGAAGCUUUAUUUUCGCGCCUGCGAAGCCUAUCGUGA